GGGCUUUCUUAGUUGUUAUUGCUAACAAAAAACGUGACAUAUUUACCUUUAUUGGUCCGCAGAAGAAGUGAAAAAUGGAGAAGGAAUGUCAGCCGGAAAAUAUGAAAACUUCCGAUCAAGAGAUGGAUGAGAAGUCAGUUCAGCAUAAGGAGGAAGCUACUAAAGUGUUAGAGCAAAACGGCAGCGGCGGAGUGAAUGCGGAUUCUAGCAGUGAAUCGGAGUCGCAGCGCAUCUUAAGUGGCGCGACAUCGAUGUCAAUGUCAUUUCGAAACGUCGGCGGCAGCAGCAGCAGCGUCGAUAUUGAGGAGGAGUCAGUGCAGCAUAACGUGGAAGCUACUAAAGUGUUGGAGCAAAACGGCAGCGGCGAAGUGAAAGCGGAUUCUAGCUGUGAAUGUGGCUUGACUACUGAAUACAUAGUUGACGGACUCUGUAGUAUGCGUCGUGAUCAGCGUGUCAUAGCCAUGCUCAUGAUCAACAUUAUCAUGAAUUAUCUGCUACACCGGCAGCAGCAGCAGGGCAAUGGUGAUGCGAAAUAGGGCAAAAAUAUUGGAAAAUCGCACUUGUAUGACAAAUAUACAUAAAUAAAAGUGUUGUAUUUGAUUUUAAA